GUAAAAAGUUGAUAAAAAGUUACGUCGAAAUUGGACAAGGAGUGUUGUUUUUUCUUCCUUAAGGGUAACUUCUUCGAGAUGUAUUCACGGAGAGGAAUUUUGCCAGUAUUCAGAUUGAUUAUGAACUGUCAUUAGCCAUGGACACUCCACACUUCUCCGAGUCGGACUUAACUUCAGAGUCUGGAGUUGGGGGAUCUCCUGCACCAAUAGUUGACCUCGGCUACAGCGACUCCUCUCCAAACGCCAACAGUGAGUUGUUCGCCACGCCCUACACAAGCUCCAGACCCGCCCAGAGUGCCCCAGCAACUUAUCAGACAACCCCAUUCGAUAACAUCUCCGCUGCAUUCCUCGACAGCACCUCUCCAGCUGUCAACCUCCUUCCAAGUCCUGCUGAUGAACUGCCCUCACGGACGUCCAAGACAGUCAAGUUUGCCGAUACACUACAAUAUUUUCAGGCAACUAAGGCAGCUCAGAAGCGUGGCCUCGAUCUGAAAGCGAGACUUUAUGAUCGACCGCAAGACGCACAAGUGUAUAGAACCAUCCGUCCAACAGGAGAGCAGAGCAAGAAAGCACAAAAUGGAGUUAAUGGGCAUUCAAAUGGGGCAGUGGUGCCCCGUCCUCCCCCCUCUAGAGUCCCAGGUCCUGGAGGAGCAUUAAGAACCACCUUGUACAAGCGAGACCAUGCUAGGAUCCGUAUGAAGAGACAAGGGAGCAAAUCCUCUCUCCACGAAGAAGAGCCAAAGCAGCAGAAAGCAGACCAAAUCGAGACACCACAAGUACCUUUAACUGACCCAGAAACAAAUGAAGAAGUCGAGUGCUCAACACCAGAGAAGACUCCUAGUAGGGAAGCACUCCAACAAACGGACUCCGAUACCAACUUCAAUAUAGAAGGGGUCACCAGUGACUUAUCUGUAGCCCCCACAUCCCUUCUAAUGCAGCUGACUAAGAAGGAGUUCACACCGGAUCCUUCAGUUUAUUCGGACAAGGACGACUCUGCAUCUCGCCCCUCUUCUCCAUCUGGAUCCAGAAAGCAAGAUCCCAGGCUGGUGUUUAUGUACCUCAAGACCAACAAGUUUGAUGAUACAGCUCCAGAGAUAGACAGUCUGAGCUAUCACCUUCGUAGGAUGAGGCAUGCCAUGGAGUUAGUAGUCGAACUACCUAGACAUGGACCCAUGGUCAAGAAAGAAAUGAUCGGUAUUGAAGAUAGAUUACUGGAACCAGCAAAGCAAAGCAUUGAGGUCCAGAUGAAAAGAAAACAGGAGUACUUAUUUGGUAGGCCAGAAGACCCAGGGGAAUUUGUCUACGCCCUUCCACGUGAGCGAUACAACCCUAGAGGGCGCUAUAACCCUUACAGCCUACAAGUUGUGUCCCCGCAAGAAGCCAGAACAUCUAAGAUGUACUUUACAGCGAGUGGGGCUUCAGUUACUCUGUGUAUUCAAGAUGGUGAUGACGAGUAUGAAGAUCUAACACCCACAAUGCACUGGCUUUAUGAACGUCGUGUCUUCCAUGCCAUUUUUGACCUGCCAGUCUUUGUCAAAUUCAGAAUCUGGAAAGCAUUCAAGAUGUGGAAGAAUAACGUGAGAGCACACAAGAAGUCCAGUAGCAAAGCUGUUAUGGGUCGUCAGCUCUUCACUGCCAAUGAGAUCCUGCAACGUUGUCUUCUUCACAUCCGGAGCCAGUGUGAAGCAGCCUGUAGUAGCUUGAGUGGUGAGGGUACCGGGGACAAGGAGAUAACUCUGAUUAAGGUGGAUCCACACACUAUGCUGACCCUUGACACGUUCUGCCAACAACAAGCUGAGCAGUGUGACACUGCGCUGCUCAAACUCAUGCACAUGAGGGAUAAGAUUGUACGACUCGCAUUUGAAUGCUGUGCGAAAGUUGCUGAGAUGGAGGGGGUCACACAGCCACUGCAUCCCAACUCAGGUCCACUUACCAAAAAGGUGGAUCUCAAUAAAAACAAAUCAGCAGUCAAGAAAGGAGGAGAAAAGCAAAAAAAAACUGGUCCAUCGUACACUGACAUGGCGGAGUGGCGUAGUAUCCUAAGUCGUCUGUGUAGCUUUCUACGCACAGCAGAUUACCUCGUCUUAGAGAUGCUUCAUCGUUUAGUCAAGACGGCUGUACGCUCCCUCCAGGGCUUCCUUAGUACCUCAGUCACUACCGGUAACGAUCUUGCUAAGAAACAAGCUGAUGAUGAUGAUGAUGGUAUGAGGGAUGGGGAUAGUUAUGCACCACGGAAGAAAACCGGAGGUUUCUCCAGGAGGCAAGUCUUGGUCGAAUCAGAGGAUGGGGAUGGAUCGAGGCCAGUCUCUGCCAAGAAAGAUGACACUCUCCACUUUGACUUUGAAAAACAGGAAGUAGAAAAAGCACCUGUGGAUAUUGAUCAGGUUCUACAAGACAUCAAGCAGCAAGAGUUUGUUGAGAUGCCCCCAGAGCCCGUCUUUGAGGUGCAGCUUGUACUAAACAUUCCUGAUUUGAAGAGCAGGGCAAACUCAAGAGCAACGUCAUCUAAGAAAUCUUCCCGUUCCAGAAUGGACAGUAGGAGCAAAUCUAGCUCUUCAUCGAAGAAAAAGAAUGUGACGUUUCCUGAUCAGGAACCUUUGUCUAGUAGCGACAACAGUGACUCUGAGAGCUCGGAUGAGAGUGACACUGAGGAGGAUUCCAUCGCUGAUGGUCAAGAAGAAGAGGAAGAGAUUGAAGUCAUUACUGAGAAAAAUGAGGAUGAGAAGAAUUAUGCAUACCCACAGAGAACGCCAAGAUCUGAGGAGAAAGUUGACAACACUAAGGUGUUUGUGAGUCUUGCCCCGACUCCAAGAGAGUUCAUGUCCAAGAUUAGGGGUGUCAUAGCUGGCUUGGAACACACUGUCGGUCAGGUCGGAGCUCUUCAGCGUGACCCUUACCUCUCUGUCUUCUGGUCCUCGCCCCGCUAUGAUCUCAAGCUGUCCAUGCCUAUGGAGGAUGAUAAUGAGAAUAAGAAGAGGCCGUGGCCAGACUUAGAGCUACUGUUCGGGGAGGACCCAGAGUACAAGACCAUGGUGCACGACGUUCUCAGAUUGGUUGUUGAGAAUUUGGAUGCCAUUGUUGCGUAUAGUAAGAAUUUUGAGCCGUACUGUGAGAUGGUGCAUUCAGCACGUCAAGUGAAUGUGGAGCAUUCUAUGAGCAAACGCAGCUGGACAUCUGAGGAAUUUCACCAUGUUCUCUCCACUCACACUGAAAUGAUCCGCUCCAUGAAUGAGAUGGAAACUGAACGUCGACGAAGCAUGAUCCAAGUCCUAGGUGAGAGCUUCAAGGAGUCAUGUCUGCCGUACCCCACCGAGGUUAUAGAAGCUGUCCAAGCACGACUACCAGUUAUUGCCAAUGACAGGAAUGAAAACUUGAUUAAGGUCAUUAAGGGUGCAUCCAAGAAACUUGAUCAUUUGCCCCAGACCGUGGAGGAGUUCGUAGAGCACCUUGCCUUCUUAUCCCAUACAGCAUCAGAGUUGCCUAAGCUGGACCAGGAAUAUGCAGUGGUUACCAGACUGUUCACCAUCGCUAGGAAUUUCAACAUGCCGAUCCAACCGGAGGAGCUGGCGCUGUAUCAAACACUCAUGCCAAGCUUCACACAUCUCAAGACUGUGAUCAUCUACUGUGAAGCCAAGAAAGAUGAAAACAUCAGUAAAUUCAGUGAUGACCUCAACAGCCACAUCCAAGCCUUACAGGCUGAAGCGUAUGACAUUCGGAAUCACGUACAAGAGCCGAUCCUCCUGAGCUCAGACACCUUGGCCGUCGUUGCUCUGGAGAAUCUUAAACUACUACAUGAUGGACUGAGUACUAUAACUGCUAAGGCACGUAGCUAUGCUAGCUACCAGGAUCGCUUUGGUAGCUCUAUCUCACGUCAGACCAAACACAAAGGAUUCUCAGAUGAUGCCCUGAUGUCAGACUACGCAGAAAGCGGUAUCAGCGCCCAGCAAGUGCUGAAUGACCUGUCGGAGGUUGAGCGUGACCUCCAGCUAAGACGUCUUCUCUGGGAGAGCUCCGAGGAAUGGAGUCGUCUUGUAGAUGAGUGGACAGCCUCACAGUUUGAUAAACUCAAUGUGGAUGUCGUCCAGAAAAACGUCAAUAGGUUUACGCAAACAGUUUACAUGCUGGAAAAAGGUCUUCCGCCCAAUGAGGUCCUACCUCGUCUGAAGGAGCGAGUACUAAACUUCAAACAAGGAAUGCCUAUCAUGACCGCCCUUAGGAACCCCGCCCUAAGGCCUCGCCACUGGCAGGAGAUUCAAGAUCUCAUUGGUCGUCACAUCGUCAGAGAUAAAAACUUCACUCUGGGAAAGUUUAUGGACUUGCAGUUAUUUGAAUACAAGGAUAAGAUCAAUGAUAUUUCAACCCAGGCGAGCAAUGAAGCAACACUGGAGAUUAUGCUCAACAAGGUGAUUGACCUUUGGCAGGGAACUGAUUUCCGUUUGAUUGCUCAUAGCAAUAGAGAUUUCAUGAUAAUCGCUGGCGCUGAUGACAUCACCCAGCAGCUGGAAGAGAGUCAAGUUACCAUAGCAACCAUCAGAGGCUCAAGAUUUGUCACACCUAUUAAAGCUUUGGUUGAAGAGUGGGAUCGUAAACUGAACAUCUUCUCACGCACCUUAGAUGAAUGGAUGGCAUGUCAACGUAACUGGCUCUACUUGGAACAGAUCUUCCUGGCUCCAGAUAUACAAAGACAGUUACCGAAUGAGGCUAAGCUGUUUGCGUCAGUGGAUAAAUCAUGGAAGGACAUCAUGCGUAGAACCGAGGACAGACCCAAUGCACUAAGAGCAGCAGUAGCACCAGGGGUUCUGGAAAUACUGCAAACAAAUAACUCCAAUCUGGAAAAGAUACACAAAUGUUUAGAGGACUACCUUGAGACAAAGCGUCUGGUGUUUCCACGUUUCUACUUCCUGAGUAACGAUGAGCUUUUAGACAUUCUGGCACAGAGCAAGAACCCUGAUGCUGUGCAGCCGCAUCUUGUGAAGUGUUUUGGAAACAUCAAGAGCCUUGACAUAGUCAGGGAGCCUAGGCUGCCUCCGACGGUCCGGACCAUGGUGUCUGCAGAGGGUGAAGCCAUACUCAUGCCAAAGAAUGUCAGGGCACGUGGACCAGUGGAACAGUGGCUUGGUAGUGUUGAAUCAGCAAUGUUUGAUACCGUCAAAAGGUGUAUGAAGUUCUCUAUGAUGGAUCGUCGGCUGCAGGAAGCGUGGCCAAGCUUCGGCACCAGCACAAUCGAAAACUUUAAAGAUUGUGUGCAUCGAUGGGGUCGUAACUUGCAAGACUGGGUUCUUAAUCAUCCAGGCCAGGUGGUUCUUACUGUGGUUCAGAUUAUGUACAACCGUGAUGUCUCAGCCAGCCUUGAGUCAGCGGACCCUGGAACCUCCCUGGUAGAGACUAGAGACAAACUAGUCCUUCGUCUGAAUACCCUAGCAGGCAUGGUGACUAAACCUUUGAGUUCAUACCAGAGACAUUGUGUUGAGGCUCUUAUAACUAUCAUGGUCCAUUCUAGAGACAUAUUGAAUAACUUGAUUGAGAAGAAGGUGCGACGCAGUGAUGACUUUGAAUGGACAAGACAACUGAGUUAUGAAUGGGAUGAGCAGCACAAUACCUGCAUGGUGCAGCAAGCCAAUGCCUCCUUCCAUUACGGCUACGAAUACCUAGGAUGCUCGAGUCGGCUGGUCAUCACACCACUGACUGACCGUUGCUACUUGACUCUCACUGGUGCCCUGUUUCUUCACUUGGGUGGUUCUCCGGCCGGCCCUGCUGGUACUGGUAAGACAGAAACUGUGAAGGACCUUGCCAAAGCCAUCGGGAAACAAUGUCUGGUUUUCAACUGCUCUGAAGGAUUGGAUUAUAAGAUGAUGGGUAAGUUCUUCUCAGGUUUAGCCCAGUCAGGCAGCUGGUGUUGCUUUGACGAGUUCAACCGUAUCGACGUGGAAGUGUUGUCCGUUAUCGCUCAGCAGCUACAUAGCAUCAAGACGGCCAAGGAUCAGAAUGCCCUCAGGUUUGUGUUUGAGGGUCGAGACAUUCGUCUUAACAGUACCAGUGGUGUCUUCAUUACAAUGAAUCCAAGCUAUGCAGGACGUGUUGAGCUACCAGACAACCUGAAGUCGCUGUUCCGUCCAGUCUCUAUGAUGGUACCAGACUAUGCCCUGAUUGCAGAGAUCAUGUUGUUCUCCGAGGGAUUCACGUCGGCCAAGUCUCUGUCCAAUAAGAUUGUCAACCUCUACCAACUGGCUAGUAAACAACUCUCACAGCAGGACCAUUAUGAUUUUGGGAUGCGAGCAAUCAAAUCUGUACUAGUGAUGGCUGGACAAAAGAAGCGACAAAUGCAGCAAGAACUCGGGAACUCUACCGUCUUAUCCGAGCAGCAAGAGGCCUUUAUCCUGAUCCAUUCCUUACGGGAUGCCAACCUGCCCAAGUUCCUGGCUGAGGAUGUUCCAUUAUUUGAGAGUAUCAUGGCAGAUUUAUUCCCUGGCAUUAGUCCACCAGCAAGAGACUCUGGAGCUCUGGAGAAAGCAAUUUCAAUGGCAAUAAGAGACCUGUGUUUGCAACACUGGCCCAACCAGAUCAAUCAGGUCAAACAGCUUCACAGCCAGAUCUUAGUUCGACAUGGCGUCAUGUUGGUCGGCCCAACGGGAGGUGGUAAAACCGCAGUCAGAACCAUUCUACAGAGGGCGCUUGUAUUGCUCCCUACGAUUCACCUAGAGGCGUCGGAGACUCAGUCGGGGUCAAACAUCAUUAAAACAUAUGGAAAGAAAGGCCGAGUGGACACGUACUCAAUCAACCCAAAGUGUGUGAAGAUGGGAGAGCUGUACGGCCAGACCAAUCCCAACACGCUGGAGUGGACAGAUGGUUUGCUAGCGUCUGCUGUACGCCGCUUUGCUAAAGAAGCUGCUGAGAUUACACUAGCAGGAGAAGAGCAGGAUAGAUCAGCCACCAUGGGGAGUACGACCCCCAGGGGUGACAGGCCUCCAUCACAGAUGAAUACUCCCAGGACUCCACAGUCCAUGACCACCGACUCCCACCACGAUCAGCCCAACAGCGGACUGACCGAUGAGCACAAACUCAUGGAGGAUGGCCAGGAGAAUCCUGCCCAGGGUCACGGUGAUGAAGUCCCCCACGACUGGCAGUGGCUUGUCUUAGACGGCCCAGUGGAUACCCUCUGGGUGGAGAAUCUGAACACGGUGCUGGACGACAGUAAACUAUUGUGUCUUGCCAACGGGGAGAGAGUGGGUCUGACUCCGGGGAUGAGGUUGCUAUUUGAGGUCGAUAACCUUUCCCAGGCCAGCCCGGCCACCAUUAGUAGAUGUGCCAUGGUCUAUUUGGAUCCUGUUGAUCUUGGAUGGCGGCCCUAUGUGAGGACUUGGUUGUCAAAACUUCCCAGAGAUAUCCCAGAGAGUGGUAAGCAGCAUCUUCUAUCGCUGUUUGACAAGAGCGUCGACAAGGGCUUGGAAUUCAUGAGUCACUUCUCAUCCCAUCAAAUCCUUGCUGCUACCAACAUGAGUAUGGUAUCCAUGCUAUGCCAUCUACUCUAUGCAUUCCUAGACUUCCUUGGGAAGAAUGGAGGCUACGGAAACCCAGAUGAAGAGCGGCCAUCAAGUACUGAGAGUUCUGCCGGUCCACCGUCUCGCUCCAGUGGAAAACGGAUUUCAAGACGAGAAGAGAAGAAGAAGGAAAAAGAAAAAGAGAAAGAGAAAGAGAGAAUUGAGAAAAUGAGGCAACAAUCUAAAAACAGUUCCAAGGAGUGGUACCUUUUGAAGCACCCUGAGCAGCUCUUGGGUUUACUUGGCAAGGUCUUUGUGUUCUGCUACACUUGGUCCAUCGGUGGCAAUCUCAAGAGAGAAGAUGAUAGUGAUGAUGACGGGGGUAUCUCAGUACCUCGUACUGCAGGAGGAGGAGGAGGGGGAGGUGGUGGAGGAGGAGGAGGUGGUGCCAAGGGGAAGAAGGCUGAAGUACCGGAUCUUAACAUCGCCUACGAGUUUGACACAUUUGUCCAUGAUAUGUUUGACACUGAACCACCUCUUGGAGUCCGCUUGCCCUCUGGUAGUCGCACAAUCUUUCACUUCUUUGUCAGCCUUGAGAGUGGCAAAUUUGUUCCUUGGGAGGAACUGGUUCCCUCAACCAAAUCCCUGAUCGACAAGGGCGUGAGUCACGUCUCCCUCGGUGAACAGAUGGGUCUAACCACACAGAUGAGUAAGAAGGUUACCAGGGAAGACAAUGAGCUGGUACCCACCGUGGAUACAGUCCGAUACUCAUUCCUAGCUGGUUUACUGCUGGUGAACAAACACCCCGUCUUACUCACAGGUGACUCUGGAGUUGGUAAAUCUGCUAUCGUCAACCACAUGUUGAAACUCUUAAGCAAGGAGAAGGGAGCCUUGACACAGCUCGGUACCAUCCUGGGGGAUGUCUUCCACUAUUCAGAGAGAGGGACUAAUAUCUUGUCUAAUAUUAGUGCUCUGACUGCUGGCAUUCUUGGCGAUGAUGACGGAGAUAGUGGUCUUGGUAUGGCAGAUACGAUGGACUUAACCUUCAUAACGGGUCAAGUUCGUCGUUCAACCAGCGGUAUGAUAGCCACUACUCUACAGCUGAGUGCACAGACCACUGCAGCAAGGGUCCGAGCACAGAUUGAGCAUAAACUGAUCAAGAAAGGGCGGGACACCAUGGUUGGACCAAGAGGCAAAAAGGUUCUGGUAUUUGUGGAUGAUCUAAAUCUACCAGCGCCUGAGGUUUACGGAGCUCAGCCUCCAUUAGAACUUCUGAGACAAUUCAUGGAGCUAGGUGGAUUCUACGACACUAAGAAACUGGCAUGGAAGAACAUUCUUGAUGUGACGUUGUGUGCAGCCUGUGCUCCAAUGGGAGGAGGCAGGAACCCAGUCAGCCCUAGACUCCUCAAACACUUCUGUAUGUUGGCUCUACCCCAGCCCUCUACCCGCUCCUUACAGCACAUCUACCAAGUCCAGCUUGGUCGCUUCUUAGAGAACCAAGACUUUCUACCUGAGAUACGAGAACUUCUUGGUCCAAUGGUGUCUGCUUCUAUAGCUGUCUAUUAUAAGAUGUGUUAUAAUAUGCUACCAACACCAGCUAAGUCACACUAUACCUUCAACCUCAGAGAUCUGUCUAAGGUUAUCCAGGGUUUAUUACAAGCAGAUGAGUCUGUCGUUACCUCGGUAGACUCUGCUGCUAUGCUCCUGGCCCAUGAGGCAACUAGGGUCUUCCAUGAUAGACUCGUAGACGAACCAGACAGAAUGAGAUUCUUUGAGUUCCUAUCCGAUGAUCUCCAUAACUACUUCAAGGUCAAAUGGUCGGCAGAGAAACUUCAUGACGAGCCGAUCCUAUUUGGGGACUUUUUGGACCUGAAUGCGCCCUCUGUUGACAGAGUAUAUCGUCACAUCAGCGAUUACGACAAGUUGGCGCAAAUACUGGAGGAGUACAUGAUCAGAGUAGAUUACGGAGGUGGCCAGGGGACUCAACUGAUCUUCUUCAAAGAAGCUCUGGAGCACAUCGUUCGUGCUGCUCGUGUCUUCCAUCAACCCGGUGGUCACAUGGUCCUCGUAGGUCUGGAUGGCACAGGCAAGGCUAGUACUGCUCAGCUUGCUAGCCAUGUAUCUGGCUGUGAGCUGUAUCGAUUGACGUUAACCCGGGGCUACGGCCAAGCUGACUUCAGAGAUGACUUGAAGAAGGUGUUUCGACUUGCUGGGGUGCAAGAUCAAAACACUGUGUUCCUUCUUACUGACAGCGAUAUCGUCAAGGAGACUUUCCUGGAGGACAUAAACUGUGUGCUGAAUUCAGGUGAGGUACCAGACUUAUUUGAUAAUGAUGAUCUGGACUCCAUUACGAUGGAUCUGAAGAGAGCCGCUGCCGAGGCAGAGGUACCGGACACCAGGGAAGCAGUCUACCAGUUUUUCAUUCAGCGAGUGCGAUCCCGGCUUCAUGUAGUCCUAGCCACUAGUCCAGCCGGUGAUGCUUUUCGUCAGCGAUGUCGUACCCAUCCGUCAUUAGUCAACUGUUGCACUCUAGAUUGGUUUGAUGAAUGGAGUGAUGAGGCUAUGCUGAGAGUAGCCCAUGUCUACCUGGGUCAGGUUGACUUUAAGGAGAUCAGUGGUGAUCAGGAACCAUUGACCCUAAAGGACAACAUUGCCAGAGUGUGCGUCAACGUCCACAAAGACGUCACUCAGCAGACAGUCAAAUACUAUGAGGAGAUGAGACGUCAUUUCUACAUCACUCCUAGUAGCUACCUAGACCUGAUUCAGCUCUACUCUAACAAGCUAAAACAACACAAACAACGGGUCAUGGAUAGCAAGAAUCGCUUGUUCAUCGGACUAUCUAAAUUAUCAGAAGCCAAUUCCCUGGUUGAUGCUAUGCAGGAGGAGUUGGUUAACCUGGGACCCAAGAUUGAAGAAAAGGCUCGGGAUACCGAAUUGCUCUUGGAGCAAUUAUCCAAAGAUCAGGAGGCUGUGGAUCAAGUGAGAUUCAUCGUCGAGCAAGAAGAGGCCACUAUGAAGAGAGAGACACAAAUUGUGCAAGAUUAUGCAGAUCAAGCCCAACAAGACCUGCAGUCCGUCAUGCCAGCCUUGCAGGAAGCCAUCGAGGCUUUAGACUCCUUGGACAAAUCUGACAUCUCAGAAAUCCGAGUCUACUUCAGCCCCCCAGAGCUAGUCAAGCACGUCAUGGCGGCAGUCUGUGUCCUGCUUCGCCACAAACCUGACUGGACAACAUCCAAACAUCUCCUGGCUGAUCCCGGGUUCUUGAAGAGGCUCGUCACAUUUGAUAAGAAUAGUGUACCGGAUAAGGUUUUCAGCAGACUCAAGAAGUAUACAUCUAUGCCUGACUUUGUCCCAGAGACUGUGGGCCAAGUAUCAUCAGCCUGCAAGUCAAUCUGCCAAUGGGUGCUAGCUCUGCAGCAUUAUGGGGAAGUUUGCAAGAUGGUGAAACCAAAACAGAAGCGAGUUGAAGAAGCAAAGGAAGCUCUCAAGCUUGCUCAGGAGAGCCUGCAAGAGAAACAAGCCAGCCUCUCUAAGAUUCAAGAACACCUGCAGAUGCUGCAGCAUCAGUAUGAUGACAGCGUGGCACAGCGAGAAUCACUACGAGAACGUAAAGUACUGACCACUCUUAGACUCAAGAGGGCCUCUGUGCUCAUUACUGCGCUAGCUGAUGAGAAGAUACGAUGGGAGGAUUCCAUGGUAGAAUUGGAAUCUAAAUUGAAGGGAGUGGUCGGUGAUACGUUAGUCUCUGCAGCUAGCAUUGCCUACUUGGCUGUCUUCACCGCUCCCUACAGGAAAGCUAUGAUCCAGAAAUGGUGGAAUGCUUGUAAGGAGUGUAGAAUCCCUGUAUCCGAGGGUUACACCCUGGUUGGAGCCAUGACGGAACCUAAUAUUGUACGAAAGUGGCACACUGAGGGUCUCCCUCAAGACAGUCACUCUACUGAGAAUGCUAUCUUUGUUAAGAUGGGUCAUCGAUGGCCACUCAUGAUUGACCCUCAAGGACAGGCACACAAAUGGAUCUGUGAGAUGGAAGGAUCUGCUUUGAAGAAGGUGGAGGCAAGCGACCCAAAUUACAUGCGGACCCUGGAGACGUCAAUCCGUGUUGGAGAACCGGUUCUUCUUGAAAAUGUAACUGAGGUGUUAGAUCCUGGACUAAGACCCAUCUUACUGAAGGAGAUCGUACGGCGUGGUGGUCAAGAUGUCAUUCGUAUCGGAGACACAGAGAUUGAAUACAACCACCACUUCCGGCUGUACAUGACGACCACCAUUCCCAACCCUCACUACUUACCGGCUGUCUGUAUUAAAGUCAUCCUCAUCAACUUCACUGUAACAUUUGACGGAUUACAAGAUCAACUUCUCUCCACCGUGGUCCAACAGGAGCAACCGGUGCUUGAACAACAGAGAGGGGAGUUAUUGGAGAGUAUUGCUAGAGACUUAACCACUCUCAGAGAUCUAGAGGAUAAAUCUCUAAGUUUACUCCAGAAAUCAGAGGGUCACAUCUUGGAUGAUCAGGACCUUGUGGAUACCUUGGAGAAGAGCAAAGUGAUGUCCGAGGAAGUCCAGAAGAGAGUUGAGCAGUCUGAGGAAACGCAAAAAGAGAUAGAUUUGGCUCGAAAGAAAUACUUACCGGUUGCGACCAGAGGGGCCGUCCUCUACUUUGUUCUAGCCGACCUAGCAGGUAUCGACGUCAUGUACCAAUUCUCGCUCCCCUGGUUUCAAGAUAUGUUCCGUACCUGCAUCAACCUUGCCCACCAUGAUGACCAGGACAGUCGCCCCUCCUCUGGAGGAGGCAGUAAGCCCCUUAGCGGUAGGAUGAGACCCUUGAGUGCCCGGAACAGCCCGGAUCUAGCUAAAGGGAGUACGGGUGGAAGAGACUCAUCUAUGAGUGUUGGACAGAGCAGGUCCAUGCUGAAAGGCAGGGAACUUGUGAAGCAUUUGACGCAGAUGGUUGACUACCUCACCGGGAGUAUCUAUAGGGUUGUCUCCAAGGCAUUGUUCGCCCAUCACCAACUCGUCUUUUCCUUCAUGCUGUGUAGCAGCAUCAUGCGUUCUAAUGCCCAUGUCAUCAAAGACACUGUCACCCAGAUGGGUUGCAUCUCCCAGAAAGAAUGGCAGGUCUUCUUGCAGGGGAGCGUCCUCACAGCGAGCAUGGACGCUGAGGUCCUAGAGAAGCACGACGGACUCACCCCGAUGCAGAGAUUGGAAGCUACUAACCGCAUCAGCAGCGCAACUUCCCGUAGGUCCUCCGUCUCGUCGGUCGACAGUCGACCAAGCCACACUGGAGGAGGGUAUACCUCGGUCUCGCCCAAGUGGAUAUCUGAGAAGGCGUGGAAGCAAUGCCAGUAUCUCUCAGCUACACUGGAACUGUUUGAUGGACUGUGCAUGUAUAUAUUAAAUUGUGUCGAGCAGUGGCACACGUUUGCUAAGUCGUCGGAUCCGUAUAGAUUGAUGGCCAGCAAGUUUGAACUCAAGACUUCUCAGAAAGGAUUGGCUAAGUCUGACUCCAUCCGCUCAGUUGGGAGUCCCUUUAACUGGGAGGUCCUCCAACCAUUCGAUCGUCUGAUCCUAAUCUCUGUGCUACGUCAAGACGCCCUGGUGUCCUCAAUUCGCUUCUUCGUGGAUGAACUGAUGGGUUCAAAGUUCCUGUCGACUGGCGGCUUUGAGAUGAAAGAGAUCUUUGAUGAGUCCAACGCUAAGCAUCCCUUGAUCUUCAUUCUAUCACCUGGCGUUGACCCUACAGCUGAGUUGAUGCGCUUUGCCCGUGAGCAGCGAGGUAGUACCCUCCAUGUUGAUAUGAUCUCACUAGGGCGUGGUCAGGGACCUAAAGCUGAGGAGUUGAUUGCCAAGGCACAGAUCUUGAAAGGGCGAUGGGUGUUCCUGCAGAAUUGUCACUUAGCUGCUUCGUUUAUGCCUCGACUGCAAACAAUUGUUGAAGGUUUUAGUAAACCCAGCGCUGACAUCGAUCCUCAGUUCCGACUCUGGUUGAGUUCUAAGCCUGACCCCUGCUUCCCUGUUAGUAUACUACAGACAGGCAUGAAGAUGACCGUGGAGUCCCCCCAGGGCUUGAAAGCAAACCUCUUACGUUCCCUGGGUAGCACCGUGUCUGAUGACAUGUGGGACAGUCCCGCUCCCGGGCCGGUCUGGAAGGAUCUACUCUUUGGUCUCUGCUUCUUCAAUGCAGUCAUUAAUGAGAGGAGGAAGUACGGAGCGCUCGGAUGGAAUAUUGUCUAUGAGUUCAGUGCCUCGGAUUUAGAGGUGUCAAUACAAGUGCUUCAGUUGUUGCUGACGACUCAUCAGGAUCCUCCGUGGGAGGCUUUGCGCUAUCUGACCGGCGAGGUGGCGUACGGCGGUCGCGUGACGGACUCAUGGGACCGCAGAUGCUUGAUAAGUAUUCUCAACUCCUUCUACUGUCCCGAGGCACUGGAGCCGAGCUAUAGCUAUUCACCAAACAAGGUGUAUCACCCUCUGCCGAGUGGAUUUUCUCUGGCCCAGAGUAGAGAUUACAUUGAGAGUCUACCUGACACAGAUUCUCCCGAGGUCUUUGGGAUGCAUUCAAAUGCCGAGAAGGCAUACAGGGAAAACCAAGCUCAGAGACUCACCGAUACAUUACUCAGUGUUCAACCGAGACUCACUGCUCAGAUGAUUGGAACUGGUAAGAGCAACGAUGAAAUGGUGUUGGAGCUAGCUGUGGACAUCCAGCAUCAGCUUUCAAUCAGUAUCCAGGGGGAGGAGGAACGAGAGAAGGAACAGAAGAAGUCUGGUAACCAGACCAAGUCCAAUGCUGGCAGCAUGUUUCCUGGUGCUAACUACGGAACCACGUCAGGCUUUGGCAGUGGGAAGAAAACGGCUGAAGUAAAAGUGAUCAAAGAGGAUCCUUUCAAUCCUUCGGAGGCAGAGACCCCUUCAGCCCUCUUGACCGUCCUUCGUCAGGAGAUGGAUCGUUUCAAUCGUCUGUUGACCAUCAUCCACACGACAUUGAAUGUGUUAUGUUUAGCCAUCAAUGGAGAAGUAGUCAUGUCAGAAACUCUCGAGGAGAUGUACAAAGCCUUACUGCAUCAUAGGGUACCAAGGGCGUGGCAGCAAGCUGCCUAUGAGUCCUGUAAGCCCCUCGCCUCCUGGGUCGUUGACCUCCAAUGCAGGGUAGACUUCUUCACCAAGUGGACGGACCUCGUGACAGAGGCUAAGGAGCGAAAGCUCAAAGGUCAAAACCAACCUGUCAUUGACCUCGCUGACCUUGACACUCUACGUGAGCAACCUCGUAGCUUUUGGCUCCCGGGAUUUUUCUUUCCCCAAGGCUUCCUGACUGCCGUUCUGCAGAAUCAUGCCCGUCGAGAGGGAGUCUCAGUUGACUCAUUGACCUUUGACUUUAAGGUCAUCACAGGGGUCGAGGAUACUGAAGAGUCUCUGAGUAGGGUUGAGGAGCAUGUUAACGUCAGAGAUGUCGCAUUCAAGGGACCUACGCCUCCCCAAGAAGGUGUUAUUGUCUUCGGGCUCUUCUUAGAUGGAGCCAGAUUUGAUCCCUCAAGCUUCACCCUCCAAGACUCGCGUCCUGAGGAGAGAUUCAGCCGUCUCCCUGAGGUUCAUUUCAUCCCGGUGCAGGUGUCCGCAGAAGGUGUGGCCCCACCCUCCGUCUCAUCAGCCACACCCACCCCCAAUUCACCACAAGAAGAAGGCGGAGCCUCAUGGACAGGGAAGAUGUACGAGUGCCCGCUGUAUCGUACCUCGCAGCGAGCUGGUACCCUGUCCUCCACCGGUCACUCUACAAACUUUGUCACGGCCAUUAAUCUGCCGACAGUGCACCCUUCUGACCUUUGGAUCAUGAGGGGCGUGGCUCUUUUAUGUCAGCUGGAUAACUGAGUGCAUUGGACAAAAAGACUGACCAUAAAUUGUCAUGUCAGCGUCAUUACAUUAUGUCUUGAAUUGGUAAAAAUGCUGUAUGUUGUGAAAAAGGUGCGUACAAGCAAUAAUGUCCAGUCUGGGCGCUUUAAUUUAAAAACAACAAACUGGCAAGCCAUUUAUAUCUUUCUGUGAAAUUGACAUAAAUUGUUGUUUGUCAGCAAAAAUACAUUUUUUAUGAUUGAUAGAAUUUUGGAUUACUUAUAACAACUACAUGUAUCUUUAUCUGUCCAAUAAAUUUCACUUAUAUUUUAACAGAAAUAUGCAAAUUGUACAGCUUACCCGUCCAGUAAGAUUAACAUAAAUAUUUCACGUUUACUUAUAAAAGAAAAAGUUUUCACAAGAAAAGUGCCUGUAGCAGUCUGUUGCAAAAUGAAACAAAACCUUGCCCAAUUUUAUAGAGCUGCUUAAGCACAAAUUAUUGCUUAACAAUUUUCUGCUUACUUUUGGUGUUCUUAGCUACUUAUUGUGAUUAAGAAGCUCUAUGAACUUGGGUCAUGCCAUUGAUACCAUUAUUUAAGAUUUCCACUUAUUAAAAUAACUCUUUAAUAAUUAACCCAAACCCAUUAUUUGUUUCUGUCAGACAGACCAAGUCAUUCAGAGCCCUUCCAGUUUUGAUAACUCAAUAUAAGGGCUCUAGGGUGGCAACCGGCCAUUGAUGGAUUAUGGAGGAUUAUGAAGUGGAUUAAGUGGAAAUAUUUAUGAAUAUUUUACAAAUGCAACAAUAUGCAUGACAUUGAUGUGCGUUAGUUGAACAUGCCUUCACAAUAAGUUCACACGACAGUUGAUGACGAAAGUUGAUGACGUAGUCAAUUAUUUCUGAAAUCAAUAAUGAAGCUUGGUGUUUUGUUUUUCCAUAAAAUCUAUCCAACUUCCCUCAAAUUCCUCCAAAUUAAAUGUAUAAAUGUAAUUUGAUACUGUAUUAAGAUAUUUUAUUUGUAUAAAUUGAACUUAUAGGAUGUAUAUAGUUUAUAGUGUGUAUUGCUGUGGAUUACUUGUUUUUUGGUGGUAAUAAUAAUAUACCGUCCAUUGAAAAGGUGCAUGCGACAUGGGUUUAAUAACUUUGUAUUAAUAAAUAUCCCAAUGUUGUA